GUAGUUUAAUAUAUUAAUUAACUUAAAAGUUUGCCUGAAAUGCCAAGCUCAUCUUGAGACAGACCUCCCCAUUGUGAGGAGAUUUAUUGAGGAGAGGUUUUUUAUUAAGCAGAUGAUUCACCGUCAACCUCUGACAUUUCUGUUUGGUAACAUACUAUAGUAGCUAAUUGGCUGUAUUAAUAGAGCGCCUUGGAUUCACAUUGAAAAUGUAUAAUAUGUACAAUUUGUUGGCUAGACCCAAAUACUAAAUAGAUUUUUGUGGAGACCAGACCGCAUCCUAACUUAAUUUCCCUAAUAUCGCCGGUAGAGGAAGUAAGGGAGCGCGCGUUCACUGUCGCUCAGUCUGGAGCGUACCUCAGAGUGUGACGUUCAUUCAUUUAACGCUUAAAAACAAAACUCACGGUAACGUGAUGCCUUUCAGCCCGACCAGGAUACAAGAACAUAACGGUAUUCAUCCGACUCGAUGUCAUAUGACAGAGUGAAUAAAAGCGGAUUGGGGUGAUGUGGACAAAGAAAGAUAAGAGGCCGCAGAAGUCGGAAUGACACAGGGUUUUCCUACAGCGACCCUAUUUGUGCUGCUCUUCCUGAUGGGAUUUGCAAUGGCUGGUAUCCAUCUCUGGCCAUCAAUGCACAUCGCCUUGAGCAAUGCCAGUGUGUUUGUGGAUUACAGCACUGAAAGCAACUUCACUGACCACAGGCUGACAGUGUCAUUGAUUGACAUGGACAGGAAUGUUACAGUACUCUCCAGGUCGCUUCCCUUUAACCAAUCAGAAGGGUCACUGGAGUUCAACUGCUCUUGCUUCCUGUAUGCAGGUAAUUUCAGAUUCCGACUGGAGCAGAAGCACAACCUUGGCGUGUCUAACAGGAGUGCCAUCUGGUGGUGGAGUCCAGUUCUGCAUGUGCACUGGCCCACCUUUCACCUGGCUGUGGAUCGUGGCAGCAACAACCGGAGCUCUAAUGACUUUAGGAUUGGAGUGUACACUAACGACAACUUCCAUCCUUGUUCUAGCAGCAAAGACUCAACUCUCUUCCUUGACGUUAGCUACCUGGAACAAGUCCAGGUAGGGAGGAACACCUUUGAGAAGAUGCAGAACCGGAUAAGACACGAUAUUAAAGUAGUUAAGUCACAGCAUCUGGAGAUGCCAUGUGCAUCACCUCUGACAGAGCGUGGCUUCAUCCAGAUUUCUCUAAAAUCCCCUCACAUCCAGCAAGACAUCAAAUCCUCUGGUCCUCUUUACCUGUCCAGCAUCUUCUCUUACAAGCUUUUUGUGGAUAACAUUUACAAAAGUGGCUGUGAAGGAGCCGUUUCUGUUCGUCGAAUCGCUCCUCCCUGUACGGUCACAAAUGGAAAAGUUCUGCUUUAUAAGGAAGAGAGUAAUGACAUGGCUGUUCCCUCUCAACUAGCCUUCAAUUUCCUCACACAAGGGGAGAAUGAGACUGAGUUUAACUGCUCCAUCUUUGACCCCGGCAGGAAUAAGUACUGCUUCCAUUUCACACUCGUCUACAGUAAGGCUCCCAGUUUAGCCCACACCUGUGUGAUUGUGCAAAGACAUACAAGAAUGUGGGGACCGUGGCAGCCAUGGAGUGGUUGUAGUGUGACAUGCGGAGAAGGGGUGCGAGAGCGUGUUCGUGAAUGUCUGCUGCCCUCUAGUGGUGGGAUGCAAUGCACUGGCAUGGUUAGAGAGCAGUCACACUGUUCACUAGAAGAUUGCACUGAGCAGCUUCCACCUCCACCCCUCACCCCUCCACCAGCUGUGAACUCACCCCUAACUGGGAAUCUAGUGGUAGUGGCGGGGAUCUCCCUGUGCCUGGCUGUGAUCCUGGCCACCAUCAUUAUCACAGUGUGGAGAAAACUCUGCCGUGCUCCAAAGUGCAGCUCCAUGCGCCGUGGCUCUCUGCACUCUCCCAGCGGUCGGAAGAACUCUGAUGAGGCUUCUAUCUGUGGUCACAGCAUACAGAGACCCAGUUUCUCAGAAAGUCUCCAGGCAGCUCCCCUCCAGAAGGGACUUACCUUGCCUGCAAAGCAGGGACCUUUUGACCGAGGUGUGUUGGCUCGUCAACAGAGCAUGUCCCUUCCUCUUCCCCUUUCUCAAGACCCGGAGAGGAUGUCUCCCUCUGGCCAAAAGGUGCUUCCACCUAUUUUUGGCUACCGCUUGGCUCAACAGCAGCUCAAGGAGAUGAAGAAGAAGGGCUUAAAAGAGGCCACUCAAGUCUACCAUGUGUCCCAGAGUCCAGUCGACGACACCAUGCUAGAAGCAAUGGCUUCAACCCCAACUGGUCUAACUCCAGUGCCCCAAGAACUUGACAGCCCAGAAGAGUCAAGCAGCAGUCACUUCCGCAUAAGGUCUCCCUUUCCAGAACCCACGUGGCCUCCCAAAAACAAUGCUUUAACAGACAGACAAAAGGUGGACUUGUUGCUGAGUCCCCGGAAGUCUUCAUUCAGUGCCAGCUCCCAUCGCCUUGAGCGUACGGCAGACUGGGUGGAGAUGGUAGAACGCAGUAGACUGCCAAACUCCAAGAAUCCCAACUUCAGGAGAACUUCAAGCUUCCAUGAGAACAACCAGAAUCAGCUUCCCCCGUCCCGACCCUACCGAGAAAGAAGCAUGACCCAGGUGACUCCUCGCCAGCUACCAGAGGGGAGCUGUAGAAGCAGACCUUGGGAGCAUACACUUCCUGAACUUGAGGUCUGGUCUUGUUCCAGUCCUAGAAUACCUGAUAGCUCAGUGGACCACAGGAGAAGACCAUGGGUUGACACUCCCCCAUCUCAGUCAAACUCGAAAGAUUCAGUUCCAGUGACACCAAUAAAAGAGCCCUUGGUGGACCGUCAUCGCAUGGCUCGAAGCCCAUCUUCAGCACUGGACCGAGCUGAACGGGCAGAACAGAACUGGAGCAGAAGAGGUCCUUCACCCAUCCAGAGGAACAUACUAGCCAGGAAACUACGAGAGGCUAAUUCAUCAACCUGCCAAAGGCAACGCAGUUCCACAUUUUCUACCUCAGAGCAGCGCAGGGGACGCUGUCGUAGCCUUCCUCUCUCUGCGGACUACAGCAACUCCCCGUAUAGUCUCACAGAGUCAGAGCAGCACAUGAUAGACAUUUCUGGAUACUUGGGUGAGGAUGAUGGAGUAGAGGUUUUGACUAUUCAUAAACUCACCUGAUCAAACCUGUGUUUCUGGGAGGUUCCUACACUCUGCCGAAGCAAACUCAAACUUAAAAAUAAAAAUCUUAAUAGAAUAAAGCACUUGUUUUUUUAAUAGUAGGAGGUUAUUUUUGCUCCAUGUGGACAUGCAUAUCAGGUUUUGUUAGCUCUUUGUAUUAUAUUAAUGUUUUCAAGACUUGAAAUGAAACCUAUGAUCAAUUCUCUUUUUAUUUAUGCGGUUUUGACUAUUAAUUUGAAAAAAAGCCAUUUUGAUCUUAUGCAAACCACCGUCAUGGACUUUAUACAGUAUCCAUUUCACAAGAAUAUUUUGUACACAUUUGGAUUUGUUUGUACACUGGAAAAUGUAAAUUCUCAGGUUUUUGGAGAACAGGUGAAAAUAUACAUACAGCACAUUUCUUUAAUGAAUGUUUGUUUUACUGUCAACCAUGUUAAAGACACACAAUGUAAGAUAAAAUAGUUUGAUACAAAAUUUUAAUCAAGACUUUCAGUAUGUUUGGAUGCUGCUUUAUUAUGGUAUGCAUACUGUAUGCUAUUGCAUGCAAUGCUGUAUUAUUAUAUUUACCCUUUUACACAAAUAAUAAUAAGCAUAGUAUUUUACUUAAUAUCAGAUCGUAAUUGUAAUAUGUAAGCCAGUGUGUUUAUUUGUAUUACCGAGAUAAGUCUUUUCUUUUGUCCCUAAGAUCCUUUCUUACUUUUGGCACAUACCUUGUAAAUCUUAUAGUUAAUACACUGUAAAAUA